UAUGUUAUUCGCUAACGUGCAUGUUACGUGAUUUGAGCGCAGAAUGGCCUGGGUUUAUGUCACAUCCAAAAAGAAUGCUCAAAAAGCAAGGAAAUGUUUGGAGGAGAAAAGGUUCUAUGAUAAAGAAAGAAAAGUGGCGAGUUACUCUGAAGAAGAAGUAAUGAUUCCUAUCAAACAAGAACUGGCUGAACAACUGAAAAAUGAACGAAUGGGAGAAAUUGAGAAAUCUCUGUUGUUUUCCUUUGAGGGGAGAAUUGAACACAUCGACGGACAUGCACUGAAUAUAAGACAGCGCAAGGUAUCCCCUCAAGAGAAACUAAGGCCUGCUAUUGACAACUUGUUUCAAAUAAAAGGUGUCACUCAUGAUGCUUUCUUACAAAAUGACAUCCCACUUCACUGGGAACAGCAUGGAGACCUCAUUCUUUUACCAGAGAAUAGUUUCACCUUCAACAAAUGGGUACAUUUUGGUGAGGAAUUAUGGAAAGUUGUCGCCAAGAGUCUUGGUGUUGCAAGACUUGCCAAGAAAUCAACUAUAAACAAUGAUGGUUUCAGAACUCCCAAAGUCAGCCUGCUUCUAGGUGACAAUGGUUGGGUGACACACAUUGACAAUGGUAUAAAAUACACUUUUGAUGUUACUAAAUGCAUGUUCUCAGCAGGAAACAUAACAGAGAAAAUGAGAGUUGGAAACUUUGACUGCCAUGGUCAAACUGUCGUUGACCUUUAUGCUGGCAUCGGCUACUUUGUUUUGCCAUACCUGGUCCAUUCCAAGGCUGCCUUGGUUUAUGCUUGUGAAUGGAAUGAAAAUGCUAUAGAAGCUUUGAAAAGAAACUUGAAGUUAAAUGGUGUUGAUAAACAGUGUGUCAUAUAUGAAGGAGACAAUGUGAAGUUUCCUCUUCAAGGAGUUGCAGAUCGCGUCAAUCUUGGUCUCAUCCCUUCCAGUGAAGCUGGGUGGCCUGUGGCCUGUGCUGCACUACGUUCUGACAAAGGAGGCUGGCUGCAUGUACAUGGCAAUGUUACAUCAGGGCUAACAGACAGUGGAAAAACAGCAAAUGAUAGAACAGUUUCUGCAUUAUCAUUACUGGGAACAACUUUUGUAUCAAGUGAAGAAGAAAACCCUAGCACUGCAAGCUCUAUAUCUACUUUGUACUGUUCUGAAGUUUCAGACAGAUGUGAUCAUUUUCUCUUGGAAGAGAACAACACACCAUCUUGUAACAAGAAAGUGAAGGCAGAGUGGCUAGACUGGGCCAAGUAUGUGGCUCAAACUCUGUUGAAACAUCUGAAGAAAUCACAUGACAACCCAAACUGGAAUGUCCAAAUAGGGCACAUUGAGCAUGUCAAGUCUUAUGCACCUCAUAUUGACCAUGUUGUGUUAGAUGUAGAGUGCUGUCCUGUAUUUGAACAUGCGACUGUGUGAACUAAGCUAACUAUAUGCCAACAAAGCACCUGUAGAUAGUAUAGCCGGUUUGAUUCUAUGCUUUUUAUAAUGUAUGGUUUUGAGAACAGAAACAGUUAUUCAUAUAAUAGUAAAGCUUCAAUUUGGCUAUCCGAGCAAAGUUUGCCAAAAGGCGUUAGUAAGGACUUUUAAAAACAACCAGCUCAGUGAUGCUAAGGCCCGUCCACACAAAGCUGGAGGAAUUUGAAAACGCAGCAUUAUUUCUACGGUUAGGCCUACCGACCACACUAAACCGCGAUGAAA